AUGGGGCAGCCACUUCCAGCCGACCCACCCCCGCGCCUGCAACCGCCCUCGAGCCCUCCCCAACGUCCCCCCACCACCGCGUCAUUGUCACCCGAGCCACCAGCUCUGGCGACUCCUUCACCGCCAACCACUCGCACCCGCCUCCCGCAUCACCAGCGCUUCAACUCGCCCACAUACGGCCUCGAUCCCGAGGUCGUCGCCCUCCUCGGACGCUCUCCUCGCGUCGAGCCGUCGCCUCCCUCCUCGUCCGCGCACUUCGUCUCGCCGCCUCGCACGCCCUUUGACAGCACCUCAGCCAGCGCUAGCACCGCGUGGGACCGGUGGCUCAACGAGCGCAGCAGCUACCGGCGCGCACUGCCGCUCUCGGUACCCUCGGCCGACCUCGUCAGCAGCCUCGGGCGCGUGCGGGACUCGGCAGAGCGGCUCCGCGAGGCCGAGGCGCGCAUGGCCGGCGGCCAGACGGCGAGAGCGUCGGCAGCGCCCACGAGCCGGCUCCCCGACACGCUCACCAACUUUGCCGACUCGCUCGAGGAGCCGCGCCGGGCGCUCGAGCAGGUCCGGCAGCGCCUCGACGAGACGAGGCAGCGCGUCGCGGCCGUCGCGGCCAACACGAGGAGGCGAGAAGUCGAGCUGGACGAGGCGGCGGAGCGGGCGAGGGCGCAGGCGCGCGACAGCCUGGACCGCACGGUCGACUUUGCCUCGAGACUUGAUCACCUCGCCAACACGCUCAACUCGAUCGCGCAACGUGCCUCGGCCCUGUCGCCAGCCCUCGAGCCGCUUCGCCAACCUGCUCGACCGGCGGACCUCGUCAGCUCGGCCGCCGAGCUCGAGCCGCCGAGCAUCGCCGCGCAGACCAACAGCAUCCGCGACACGGUGCGGCAGCUCAUGCUCGCCUCGCGCCGCGUCUCGUCCGCCGUCGACCGCCACCGCGAGCUUGCGGUCGGCGCCUCGACCUCGCCGGCGCCGGCCCUCGACGAGCCUCUGCGCGUCGUCGUCCUCUCUUCCACUUCCUCGUCCGACCCAAUGGCUCACCAGCCCGACACGUCGCCAAACCCGUCCGGCCUCCUCCUGCCCACCUCGACCCACUUCACCUCCUCGCCCGCCUCCCUCUCCCCUUCUCCCUCACCGGACGCCGCCUCUCUGCGCGCACCCUCUACCUCCUUCCCGCCCCGUCCACCUACCGCAUCCGAGCGCGAGAACUACCCGGGCGAGCGCGCCCAGCUGCUGCGCAUCGCGGCGCUCCAGGCCGACAUUGCCGCCCGGGCAGGCGAGCUGCGCACCUUGCGCGAGCGAGGGCGCGAGGUCGACCGGGAGCGGCGGGCGCUCGAAGGUGGCAGCGGUGGAGCAAGCGCGGGAGCUGCAGCUGGAGCGGGUGCGGGUCUGCUCGAGGACAAGGACGAGGAGGACGAUGACGGGCUGCGGGGCGCGCCGUUCGCGAGGGCCGAGCGCAUCCCGCUCUUGCUCGACGGGCGCACAGGGAGGGGCCUCGCAGAGCAACACGAUGAGGGUGCGGGUGCCGGCGGGAGGAAGCGCGCGAGGACGGCGGCAGAGCUGAGGCGCGAGUACGAGGUGUGGGCUUUUUGCGGGAGGUGAGCGAGGGAGGUCGUCGAGCGUCUCUCUGUUGUUGCCAAUACCCUUUCGCCCUGCU